AUGGCGACGGGAAGCCCUGGGACCGGACGUGACGACAGAGUGGAGGAGUUGCAAGUGGAAGAGGGGACGGGGACGGAGACUGGUGAUGGCGAGCUGGGAGCUGCAACGAUUACUGGGGAUGGCGACGAUGCCGAUAGGAAGCCAGGAUGGGAAGUGUUGAAGGCGGCAAGAUCUGGUGCUGCUCUUCUCCCUCUGUUCACGAAGAGUCAAAGACGAAAACUGAAUUAG